AUGGCAGUUGUAGGAUCAGGAGGGGGCUAUAGGAAAAAGAAGAGUAGCUGCGGAAAAGACUAUGAAUCUGCUGGGAAAGUCUAUGAAUGCAGGUUUUGUUCCCUCAAGUUUUGCAAGUCUCAAGCUCUCGGUGGACACAUGAACCGCCAUCGUCAAGGGUUUGAUUUGAUUUAUCAUGAAUUAGAAAGGGAGACAGAGACUCUUAAUAAGGCUCGUCAACUGGUCUUUGGAGCUGAUAGCUUUUCGCCGUCUCAGUCUUCUCUUCAACAUUUAGGAGGACAAACAAUUCCACAUGGAGGCUUGAGCUAUCACCAAACAGUAGGCAACAUAGCAACAUCUGAUCCAACAGUACUGGUCCCCUUUAGAUCACCAUUAUAUCCUCCAUCUAGGCUUAUCUCUACUGGUUCAUCAUCAUCAACCCUAAUUCCUUCUCCUCCAUCUAAUUCGCUAUUCGUCUCAACAUAUCCAUCUCAUUAUCAUAAUCAUCAGUGGGCCGCUAAUGAAUAUUAUAUGGGUCAUGUUAUUUCUUCUGGAGCAAACCCUAUCUACGGAGUACACGAAGAUGGGUGUCACUACACUUGCAUCGGCGCUCCAGUUGGCCAAUCGUUUCUUCAUGGCUCUGGAUCGGAACGAGGGCAUCGGGACUAGAGGUGGGACCGGUCAAGUAUCAAUUAUGAUCAAAAGGAGUUUGAAAUUUAAUUUGCAAAGGAUCUUUUUUCUGGGGAAACAGCUUUUCAGCUGGUCAUGUAUUUGUUGGAUGUGGGGUACAAUACAAAUGCAAGAUCUGGCUUUAAACUAAGUGUGAAAACUAAGUUCAAUUCCAACUGAAUGUCCACAUUCUCUCCUUCAUUCUACUUUCUUAACUUUUUUUUUACUAUUUGCAUGUUUUUCUUCU